GCGAAACGUCUCCAACAGUCCACAUCGAGGAACGAGCAGAAGUCGUCCGGCUGCCGUUGAGCUGAGCUGCUGAAGGCGUUAAUGUCGGUGUGAGAGUUUGUCGGAUUUAUUAGUUUGUCCGGAGACGCUCGACUUCACUUCAACAACAGAUAAAAGACACGUUUCGGACACAGAAGCUUAUUCCUCAGCGCCGAUGUAAAGCAGCACAAGGUCAGAGGCUAAAGACUGCGUUUCUCCUGCCCACAUCUGAAGCCAAGAGUCAUUAAACAGGGGCAGGGGGAGGUUUCAGCCAGAGGCUCAGCCAUGGAGGGAGACUGCCUCAGCUGUAUGAAGUACCUGAUGUUCAUCUUCAACUUCUUCAUCUUUCUGGGUGGUUCCUUUCUGCUGGGUGUUGGUGUUUGGGUGCUAGUGGACCCGAUGGGCUUCAGGGAGAUUGUGGCGGCCAACCCCCUGCUGUUCACGGGGGUCUACGUCAUCCUGGCCAUGGGCAGCAUGCUGUUCCUGCUGGGCUUCCUGGGCUGCUGUGGAGCCAUCAGGGAGAACAAAUGUCUCCUGCUCUUUUUUUUCAUGCUCAUCCUCUUCAUCUUCCUCGCUGAGCUGGCAGCCGCCAUCCUGGCCUUCCUCUUCAGGGAGCAUUUAACCAGGGAGUAUUUCACCAGGGAGCUGAAACGUCACUAUCAGGGUCACAACAACACUGACGUCUUCACCUCCACGUGGAACGCCAUCAUGACCACGUUCAACUGCUGUGGCGUAAGUGGUCCCGAGGACUUCGAAGAGAGCCUCUUCAGGCUCCUGAACCCCAGCAAGAUGGUCCCUGAGGCCUGUUGCCAGAGGAACAGUUACCCUGGAGAUGCCAGUGUGGAGCAGUGUGUGAGCGGCACCGUGGCCUUCAGGCACAACAAGGGCUGUUACUCAGCAAUGGUCGACUACUUUGAGACGUACAUCUACACAGCAGGAGCUCUGGCCAUCGUGGUGCUGACAAUUGAACUGUUCGCCAUGGUGUUUGCCAUGUGUUUAUUCAGAGGUAUCCAGUAACGGCCACGUGCACCACUAUCGCCAUCAUCAUCAGCCGUUUAAAAGGCACAAGCAGAAGGAAAACAAAACUGUAAAAUAUGAAAUGUAUUUGUACAGUGAUAGUUUAUGUGUCUCAUUGGUUUUGUGGCAUCAUUUUGUACUUCACAGCGGCAGCAGGUGCUGCUUUGGGCACAAUAGACACACACAGGAGGUAAUCUGUGACCUGAGGCUGAGGUGUGGCACUGUCCACAGUGUUUACUAAAGGGUUAACACCGGUGAGUCCAGGUUCUACAAGCUAAACACAGAAGUCACUUCAGUCCAGGACUAGUCUGUGUCCAGGAAGCUGGAAACACACCACACAGUCAACAGCCUGAUUUAUGUCCUGGAUUUCACCACGAUGAUUGAUUCUCAGGAUCCAGGACAGUCUGCACAGUUCUGCACAAAACGGUUCAGGCACCAUGGACAGCCAGCACACAUUAUACUGCAGUGAGCCUCACAACACUCAGAACUGUCAGGAUCACAUGAAAAAUGUUUGUUUUUUUUACAGCUGGAAUCUGGAGAAUGUGAAGGUGAUCGUGUAGUUUGAGGUGAUCAGCAAUGGAAACCAGAACACAGAACAUCGGGCCUCAUGCAAGAACACAUUUUCCUCUUCUCAUAAACAUGAACACAUGAGGUUUCUCAUGUUCCCAGUCAGAUUCGCCAAACUAUUUUAACUGCACAAACUGAUUGGAAAUUCCUCGUUUUAAAUCUGAUGUACGCCGCCAUCCACGUACAGGGGUGCAUUUGUUAGAUUUGAUAAAUUAAAACCUGUGGAAUUACUAUAACAUGAUUAAUGACGGAAUCAAAAGGACGUCUUGCUACAGUAAAACAGUCUUAGAUGGGAAGUGAAGAGAUGUGUCAGUCAUGGAGAUGGAUGACAGAUUAUAUUACAUUUUACAGAUGAUGGAGCGUCAGGGCCACUCAUAAUAAGGAGCUUAUUAGUGAAACGUAUGAUUUCGGUUUGCCCAUCACUUGCUUGACACAUACGCUUUGACCUAUUUACGUAUUAGUUAUAAAAUCUCAACUUUUCUCUCUAAAUAUUUGGACUUCUUUCUUGAAAUACUCAAGAAAUACUAUGACUUUGUCAAGAGAUUAGAUUCUUUUUCUUUUUUUCGAAUGAUACAACAUUUUUCUCUUUUUCUCCAACACGUUUGACUUUAUUAAAGUCAAAUGUUGUUAUAAUAUUUAUCUUACAACAUUAUUCUGGAGGAA